CGCCACUCACGGCACGACCCCACGUUUUCGGGCUCGACCCGUCCGUGAUUGGGUGUAUCUAAGUCUCUCUCUCUCUCUCUACCUGCGGUCCGCGCCCUUAUCAUCGGGCACGAGUGGGAGAGAGAUAGCGGGGCAUAUAGCGGGGCGGAGCGACCACACGCCCUGCAGAGCGGCUGCAAGGCGCCCCGUCGCGCCAGUGUGCACCGUUAACGCCCGGAGACAACAUGAGCGCUUACACGGUGGCGGCGGCGUGCGCCGUGCUGGCCGUCCUCCUCGCGGCCGGCCCCGACGGCGUGCAGGCCAGGAAGGGCUUCGGCGACGGCGACCAAGAGUUCGGCUACGUGGACGUGCGCGACGGCGCGCACAUGUUCUACUGGCUGUACUACAUCCAGCCCGAGGACAAGUCCGCCGUCAAGCCCGCCGACAAGCCGCUCGUCAUCUGGCUGCAGGGCGGGCCCGGCGCCUCCUCCACGUCGUACGGCAACUUCAUGGAGCUGGGGCCCCUGGACGCGAACCUCAAGAGAAGGAACUCGACGUGGGUGAAACACGUCAACGUUCUCUUCAUCGACAACCCCGUGGGCACGGGCUACAGCUACGUGGACCACUACUCGCAGCUCGCCACCGACAACAAGCAGAUCGCGGCGGACCUGGUCGCCUUCACCAAGGGCUUCAUGAAGACCUACCCGCAGUUCCAGAAGACGCCGCUCUACAUCUUUUGCGAGUCGUACGGCGGCAAGAUGACGGCAGAGUUCGCCCUGAGGCUGUACGAGGAGCAGAAGGCCGGCAACGUGCUCAGCAACCUCAAGGGCGUGGCGCUCGGCGACUCCUGGAUCUCCCCCAUCGACUCCGUCAUGACCUGGGCGCCCUACCUGCUGCACACGGGCAUGGUGGACCAGCGCGGCUUCGGCAAGCUGGACGCCGUGGCGCAGCUCACGCAGCGGGCCGUCGAGCGCGGGCGCUUCUUCGAGGCGUUGCAGUUGUGGGGGCGGGCCGAGUCGGUGACGCUGGAGGUCACGGACGGCGUCGACUUCUACAACAUCAUGAGUCGUAUCACCAAGGAGAAGGCGGCCCGCGUCAGGCUGGCGGCCCGCAACGGUGACUUUCUAGAGGUGCUCUACCAUAACCACGUGGUCAGCGCGAGCGACGACGACCUCAACAAGCUGAUGGACGAGAAGGUGAAGCCGGCCCUGGGUGUCAUCCCGGACGCCGUGCGCCACCAGACCUCCAGCAGCGCCGUGUUCAACGCGCUGGGCACCGACUUUAUGAAGCCCGUCACCAGCAUCGUGGAACAGCUGCUCAACGAGACGGACGUCAAAGUAGUGGUUCUUUCGGGACAGCUCGACCUCAUUGUCGAUACACCAGGCACCCUGGCGUGGGUCGAGCGACUCCACUGGAAGAUGGGUGACUUCUGGGUAAACCAGGCAACUCGCGAACCGUUGGUAGUCGACAACAUCAUCGAGGGAUUCGUCAAGGAUACUAGUCGGCUCGCAUUCUACUGGAUCAGCAGGGCAGGCCACAUGGUCCCCGCCGACAACCCCGCCGCCUCCAUCGAGGUGCUCAAGAGGGUCACUGGGCUAAACAAGAAAACAGGAAACAAUGUAGACGCUUAAUCGGUGUUUGUGAUUUAUGAACUAGUUAAUCAAUAAAGCAUUCCGGUAAAGCUAAAACGGUGAAGAAUGCGGGAAAAAAGAAAACGGAACUCGCUAUGCUUUAACAUGUGACUUCCGUUUUCUUGUUCCCUCCAUUCUUCUGCAUUUUAGCUUUACCGGAAUGCUUUAUUAUCGAUCGCGUUCUAAAAUAAAUGACGAGUUUUAUCA